UGGUGGGAGGCGCCGCUCUGGGAGAAUGGCCGGUCGAGCACUUUCCGCCCUUCUGGCGGGAAGAUGCCAGGAGCAAAAGCGGGAACCCCAAACCCAGCAGGAGCUGCGGGAAGCGGCCCUGCACAUCUGGAGUCGGCACCAGAGGCUGGACGAGCUCUUGCUGGAGAAUGGAAGUUCAGAACGUGGCAAGUCCAUACUUUCCAGUAACUUGGGCAGUGGUGCAAUCACAGCCUUGAAGGAUGAGGCCUCAGUGCUGGGCAUGCCAGCAGGAAUCUUAUCAGCCAGAAUGGCAGCCAACCUCAUUGAGAAGAUCUCUAUGGAAUCUGAUCAGACUACACUACUGAAUGCGGAACACAGAAAGAAGUUGUUUUGUUUGUCCCAGUCCUUGAAGGAAUUAUUAACUUAUAAUGCUUUCUGUCAUUCUGUUUUUGCUCAAGAGAUGUGGAAAAUGCAGCGCCCCCCUGUUUUGGAAGUCGCAUGGCACUUGCACAGAGAGAACAUUGUUCGUCUGGAAGGAUUACUGGAGAAGAAUCCGGAGGUACCUGCAGUUGUGGAUUGGUUGUCCAGUAGCCUUUGCCUCCUGUGUCACCAGGUGGAAGAAAUGGACACUGAGGUUGGCCAGAACAUUCUCACAGACUUGGCUCUGGUGCUCCUUCAGAAUGGAUUUCCAAAAACACCCGAGUCUGAAAAGAAGCUGGAAAGGAAGAAAGUGUGUGAAAUUUGUUGUGCUGUACUGGAGAGAAUGUUGGCGUGGGUGCUGGAUGCUGUCGUUACGGAGAAGCAGGGCAGAGCCUCCCCCACAGGGAAGGCGGUGAGGCGCUGGCUCCAUGUAUCCAGCUUGACGGUUUUCCAAGGCACGGCUCCCCCCGAGACUCCGCAGCUGCUCUUCGGGCACAUCUUCACCCGUGUGCUUACCUACAAUCCCCAUCUGACAGUCUCGGACGCCGUCCACCUGCAGAGGGAAUGGAGCUUUGCCAGGACCAGCUCGCUGCUUGCUACCUUGUACCGCAAAGUCUUCGUGGUGUUCCAGCCAGAGGAGCUGACCGGGCGCUUGCAGCAGGUCCUGGAGACGAGCGAAGUGAACUGGCACCACGUCCUCUCGUGCGUCUCCACCUUUUUAGUCUGUCACUCCGAAGCAGGGCGGCUGAUUAAAGGCCUCCUGGAGGGUCUCCUGAGAAAGGCCUUUGCGAAUUACGACCUGGAGAGCUUGAUCACGGCGUUCUUACUCGCCCGCCAAGCAGCCUUGGAAGGCCCUGCCUUCUUCCCCGCUUACGCAGAGUGGUUUAAGCUCACUUUUGGGAGCAGCAGCAGCCUCCACGGCAGCAGCAAGAAGGCCCUCCUCUUCCUCUUUAAGUUCCUGUCGCAGCUGGUGCCCUUCGAAGCUCCCCAGUACCUGAAGGUCCACCUCCUGCACCCCCCAUUUGUGCCCAGCAAGUACCGGACCCUCCUGCUGGAAUACAUCACGCUGGCCAAAACUCGCCUGGCAGAUCUCAAGGUGUCGCUAGAAGACAUGGGCCUCUAUGAGAACCUCUCUUCCAGCAAGGAAGCCUCCCAGGCAUGCUGUCAAGCUCUUCAGGAUGUUGAAAAGGCUGUCCAGAUAUUCCGGAAUACUGGCAAGAUCCCAGCAAGCGUGAUGGAAGCCAGUAUUUUCAGGCGGUCCUAUUACAUCUCCCGUUUUCUUCCUGCUUUGCUUGUACCACGAGUGCUUCCUGAAACCCCUGACACCCGCAUGGUUUUGAUAGAAGCCCUCAAGAGGGCUGAAAAAAUCCCUCCGAUCGCAUUCGCCACUUACUUGGAAGAAUGCGAAGCUGCUAAAAGGGAGCCCUUGCGAGGGGGAUCAGCUGAACGAGAGGCGGGGAGCCCUAAGGAACCCCUGGAGCGACUAAAGGCUGAACUCGAAGCGCUGAGGCUGCUCGUCCCAGACGCCAGCAAGCACGGGGCCAUUCCAGCCCAGGUGGCGCUCAUCUCUGGGAGGCUGCUGGAGGUUUUGGGACCCCUGACAGAUGACGACGAAGCAGCUUCCCUGACCUUGAGGGUGAGGCUGGACCUUUCGGCUCCUGAAGUUGGUGCGGCAGAUCAAGGGGCUGUUGACCUUCUGCUGGCGUCCUUCUGUCAGGAUGUCAUGGCUGCCUCUUUCUUCCUGCCUCCUGACAGGCAAGGGCCCUGGCCUUCCCUCUUCGUGAAAAUGAUCUGUGGGCACCGCUCGCUCUUGUCCCCCUUGCUGAGCCGGCUCUGUCAACUCCUCUACCACCAGGGACCGUCUCUGAGUGACGCUCAUGUCCUGGGCCUGGCUGCCUUCGUGGUCCACUUCACGGAGGCCGAGUCCUUGCUCCCCCCCGUGGACCUCUGCUUCCCCUCAGUUCCUCGUGUGGCCCUGCACACGGACCUUCCCCUGGCUGGGCUGUGGGACUAUUUCUUGGCACCCAGGUCUGGAGACUCGGCCCUCUUCUGCUUGCGGUUCUGCACUGCAGCAGUUUCAUACUUUCUGUGCAAGUUCCCUUCCCUUUCCCACGAGCGCCUUUGUUCUGAACUUCACCCAGGGUUCGUGAAAAAGCUCCAGUAUGUCGUGCCACGGCUUUGCUUGGAAGCGCGAGAAACUGGCCACGAAGGGGAGUCGGCCGCGUUUCCUUGGGAAGAGUUGUCCUGCCCCCCCCUCGGCCACCAGAAGGCGGCCCUCAGCCUGUGGAAGCAGGCCUGUUUCCAGGGCCUCCUGCGGGAGGAAGCCUUCCAGCUGACCCUCCGCGAGUGGCUGAAGAUGGAGCUGCAGGUCCUCCCCGACCAAGACCUGCUUUCUGUCAGCGAGAGGCAGGAGUUCCAUUCCUGGUCUCUGCAUCAGCACUACCUGCCGAGGCCUGUUGCAGCUGGAGGCUGCGGUGGGAGCCUGAGAGAGAUGGGGGCUCUCUUUGCCCACGCCAUGCUGGACUUCCUCCCAAGGACUGACUCGGAGGCCUGCCGUCUCCAGAGGAACUCUGCCCCGAGCCCUGCAAGGGGAAACCCUGAGCUCUACUGCAGGUUUCAGGAGCUGCUGCUGGAGCUGGAGCUGGAGCGCAGGAGAGGCCUGCCGGGCGGCUGCGGCACCCAAGAGCCCUUCCUCUUCCAGGUGUUCCGGGAGAGGCUGGGGGCCCUGGGCACCGGGGCUGCUCUGGGGGACCGGCUGCUCCGGCAGCAGGAGCUGCUCUCCCAAACCAGGAUCCUCUUGAGCCUGCCUCCGUCCGUCCUUGUGGCCACGCAGAAGGAAGGAGGGGAAACCGUGGUGGCCUGUGAGGGCUUUUUCUCCUUUGUAAACAUGGAACUGAGGAACAGCUGCUCCGGAGGAUGCGCUCUGCCUUACGACAUCACCGCACACUUCUUCAGGGGCCUCCUGAGCGCCAGUGUGGAGUGCAGCCGUCCUGCCCAAGAGGUGACAGCCGUGCUCUCUUCCUGCCAAGCCAGGUGUCCCCUCCUCCUCUGCUCCGCUGCGCGAUGGUGGCCGAGGCUGGAGUGUGUCCUUUGCUCACAGUGGAAGAGACUCUUCGGAGCUCCUUUGGCUCGGGGGCUGCAGAGCCUGAAGGAUUUACAGUCUUCCCUGCAGAGCUGCCUUGCGUCGGAAGCAACCUCCCUGCCCGCCUGGGUCCCUGCCGCUUUCCUCCACUUCACCGUCCAGCGGCAAGCGGAGCGUGAAGAAAAGGGAGACGUGCUGAGAAGGUUGGGGCCCAAAGCGGAGCCGUUCCUGGUGUACGUCCUCUUCUUUUCCAUCAUGGAUUUCAUCUCGGCAAAAGUGGCACCACAGGAAGGAACAGAUGCCCCCAGAGUUCUGGGAUGGAGUUCCCGAGUGCUUCAGCGCUUGAUGGAAGAAGGGCCUGGCUGGCUGGCUGUCUUCUGUCCGGCAGGAAAAGGCCGCGAGCUUUACGAGACCCUGCGUGGGACGGUGUCCGAUCAGCACUUGAAGAUGCUGCCGGUUGCCUUCUACAGCCUGCUCUUCGCCUUCGAUGUGGAAGGGCUCAUCAGGGAGCCAACCUUCCUGCCUGUGGCCGUCAACAUGUACGCACAGCUGCUCCAGCUCUUCACGGAAGGGGCCACGGUGGUUGGACCAAGCCGGAGCGAACAGAGUCUGCACACCUGCAAUCUCGGAGACUCACUAAUGCUGAUCCAGCAAGCGCGGCAACUCCUCCUCGGGGCCAUCCCCCGGUGCCCUCCAGGGAGCUUCUCCAGCCUCCAAGAGAUGUUGGACCUCUGUGGGGACCUGGACCCAGAGCUCCAGGCAGCCCUCAGUAGUACAGGUGGGGAUUUGCUAGAGGAAGGACUCCUGCUUUGCUGAAGGCCGAAGCCCCAUCCCCCCCAGGCGAGUUUCUCCAAC